AUGCCGUUCAACGGUCCACGGCAGGCAAAUCAGGAAACCACCGCCGGCUCUCGGCGCGGUUCGACGGCGGUACAGGGCGUGUGGGUUUUCUUUUUCAUCUCGCUAGCCUAUCGACCCCGAACAAGAAAGGAGGCACGCCAGUUAGUGAUUACUCCGUUCUCCAUACUACCCCGUACUUCUUAUACUACUUGA